AUGCACUUCCCACUGCCGAAACCCAUCCACGGGCAGAUCGCACAAGUGUAUUCCCAAAUCAGCAAUCCGGCUGCAACCUCACUCCUCACCAUCCCGGCCGAACUCCGCAACCAGAUCUACGAAUACGUACUGGUCGACGAUAGGCCUAUUGUGAUUGUGGACAACGCAGACGACUCAGCAAUCAAAACCAGCAGCUUCUCAGGAAGCCCGGCCAUCAUUCAGACUUGCCGCCAGAUCUACCAUGAGGCAAUUGGUGUUCUCUACUGUCAAAAUGUCUUCCGAUUUGACUAUAGGGUACUGUGUCAUCAAAACGGGAAAAUCCUCAAUAUCGGAUCGAGUCUGUCAAACCUGCGUACUGUUGCCUUCCGCAUGGACAUGCCAGAUAUACCAGAUGAUUAUGACGAUCUUGCUUUCUGGGAUCACUUUUACCGGUCCUCUCUGAAGAACAUCAAGAUCACGCCAUUGCUCGACGUCUUCUGGGAUGGAGUCGCAUGCGGUCUAUCAGUUCGUUUCGAGAGUACUAGGAAUCGCAAUAAUCCCUAUAUCUCCUCUUACCCUUCCCGGUUUGACGUCAAGCUUCUCACCAAGGUCAUAUAUGAGCUGGGAAAUAUGGACAAGCUGAGGUUGAUGAACGCACGCCGUUUAAUAAGCGACGUCGAAGUGGCUCCGAACGGCAAAAAAGGUUCCAUCGACUUUCGACCAAGUAAUGGUAAGGCCGGUGUCAGACGGGGAUUCCAAUUAUCGAAGAACACCCAGGGAUACGUACUUACACCGAGCCAUCCUAAACUUCUCGAUCUACCUUGCAAGAUACUUAAACGCAUUGCUACGUCUGUGUACAGCAACCAUGAGGUCACAUACGACUUCAACACGGGUGUCUCGCAUGGGCUCAAUUUCAGUAUGCUCGACGUCAAUUCCCACUUCCGUAGGAUGGUGCUCAUGGUCUUUCAUCACCAAAGCCGUUUUGUUAUCAUCCUGGGCUCAGCCAAUCUCUCCUCUUCCGAGGCCAUGUUUGAGAAACUUGAGCGCCGAACUGCAGACUAUUACACCCCAUACGUGGGUAGACUGCAGCGCUGUACACCAAUCUCAGCAUCCCAGAUGUACAGGAUUGCGCCGACCAUCGUUCUGCAAUUCCAGACGGACAAGCCGCUAAGCCAGGCGAAAGUUCGUGUCGACGCAAGGGAUCUGCUGCGGGCCACUUCCGUCUUCCCCGCCGACACCACCAUCAUCGUUCGCGUCUGCGGUCUUGAUGAGACCCAGGACCACACUACAAGAUUGGGCGAGAUCCGGAAGCAUGUCUUGGUUCUAAUGGAGGACUCAUUGAGUUUCAUGCUGGCGGCUCGCGUUCUUAGGGUAGAGAUCGAGCUCAACCACGACUGUCUCCCCGUACGGGUCACCUCCUGGGGCAAACUAGGGUUCCUCAGUGAUGUUCGGAAUUACGACAAGACGGUGGAAACAAUGGACACUACUUGGUUGCAAGAGAUGGUGAGGACGAGGGCGUGGACACCAGAGAGGCACAUGAAUGGGUUCUUGAGCUACGACAUGCCAGAAGGCUGGGAGGGCGAGACGCGAUACAGCCUUAUCAAGUGUCUCAAGAAUCUGUGUUCGUGAGUGGAAGAUUGGUAUGCACGGUACGAC